UCUGUCUUGGCACUGGGCAGGAUCGCAAAAUGAGGUCAUCUGCAUGAUGACAGUGGCUUGAGAGGCGUAAUUCAUGAGGAACGCGGCGAUAUAACGGUACCUUUGGCCGAACUUCAUGAAGCCAUCCCACUUGUGCGAACCGUCCUCCACAUUCCUCAAACAGUUUUGAAAACUGUCGACGUUGCUCGAGUGAUAUACAGGGGGCGGGUACUGAUCAUAGUUCGUCCCCUCGGUCAUCCUUUGAGGUCUAUCCGUCACGCGGCACUUGUUGGCGUUAUCGUUGAUCCAGUUGACAACAUCUAUGCGAGAAUUAGUCUUGCCGGAGACGGUGCCAAACCAUUUGUCAUAAUCGGCAUGGAUGAUAUCCAAAGCGGUCUGAGAUUUCUUCCAUGCUCCGGUAAACUCCUGUGUUUUCCAAUUUUUAACCUGGUAAAGGCAAGGAGGGUGUGGAACGGAGGAGGUAAAUUCCAUUUAUGAAUUUCUCACACGGGGCAAGGGAGACUGUCGAGUUGUAUGCAUGAAAGAAGAGACGACGCUUAUUCA